UAUGCAGAACAGUGGUUAUCCGCGUGACGAAGACGCGCAUGUGCACUGUGACAAGUGCCUGCAGCAGCAGGCAGCAGCUGGUUCCAUCUAAAAACUAGUAGUGAUGUCCUGUUAAAGGAUGAUGGUUUGACAUUUAUAAGUGAAUUCCAGACAGGAUGGCAAGAUCCAAUUGCCCAGGCGGCGGCCUGUACGUCGUCGAGGGCGAGGUCAGCCUUCUUAUGACAGCUAUGCGUCGUGGCGUUAGAUGGUCUUCCCACUCGCACCAGGAUGAAGACCAAGAUGUUUUAAUGAAAGGCCUUGCAACAUUAAAAGAGCAUUUAGAUGACGUCAAACACUUAUCUCUCACAGAGCCUGGAGCUUUCAUAGCGCCAUUCUUAGAAAUUAUAAGAUCUGAAGAAACCACUGGACCUGUGACUAGUCUUGCGUUAUCUGCUGUAAAUAAAAUCAUAUCUUAUGGACUAAUUGAUCCAGAACAUCCUGCAAUUGUUCCAUGUGUUGAAGCAAUAGCAGAUGCUGUUACUCAUGCAAGAUUUGUUGGAACUGAUGCGUCUGGAGAUGGAGUUGUUCUUAUGAGAAUUCUCCAUGUUUUGAGAGCAUUGGUUCUAUCACCUCCUGGUGAUAAUUUAUCAAAUGAAAGCAUUUGUGAAAUCAUGCUUAGUUGUUUUAGGAUUUGUUUCGAAACUCGUCUUAGUGAAUUAUUAAGAAGAACAGCAGAACAUUGUCUGAGAGAUAUGGUGCAACAUCUGUUUGUGAGAUUGCCACAGUUUGCAGAUGAUACAAGGGGUCUGUUAAGUAUGAAGAAAAUGAGAACAGAAAGCAUGGAAAAUAUCAAAAGUAAAACCAAAAAAAAUAAAAAUUUCAAUUUGAAGCAUAAAAUAAAGCCUAACACAGAUGAAUUUGAUGACCCAGAAGUUCAACUUCUAAGUCCUAUUGAAAGAACAAAAAUUAAUUAUUUAGCUACAACUCCUAUAACUCCAGCUGGAAAUAUUGUAGAUAUGCAAGGUUCAUUAAAUCAAGUUACACCUGAAAAAGCAGAUGAUAAAAGUGAUAAAGCUAGUAUUGCAAAGAUUGAUACAGGCAAAGAUGAUAGUAAUAAAGAUUGUGCAAAUGAAAAAUGUGAUAGUGAAAAUAAAAUAUCAGAAGUUAACAAUGAUCUUCCGAUUCCAAAUGUAGAAUCUAAGUCAAUUGAAGACCAAUCAGAAAGUAAACCAGUAGAUCCUACUUCAAAAUCACCAAUUCUAGAAAAUCAAGAUAAUCAAACUGUAGAUGAAAAAUAUAAUCAGUAUGCCCAGUCUCCAACAGGUAGUGUGGAAGAUUUAUCUGUAGAUGAUGCAUCAAUUGUAAAUAGUAUGAAAACACCUUCAGUCAAAGUUGAAGGAGAGUCCAUUGAUGAAUACGUGAAUUCUCAAGGAAUAACAUUCACUGUAAUACAGCAGCAUACUCCUUAUGGCUCACUGUGCAUACGAGAACUCUUCCGCUUUCUAGUUUCUCUAUGCAGUCCUCUUGAUAAACAAAAUAGUGAAAUUAUGAUGCAUUUGGGGUUGAGUCUUUUACAAGUGACACUAGAAGUAGCAGCUGAUACUCUGUCUAAUUUUCCGUCAUUGCUUACACUGAUUAAAGACGAUUUAGCUAGGAAUUUAAUUUUGUUACUAGGAACAGAUAGAUUGUCAAUUCUUGCUACCAAUCUGCAAGUGUCAUUUUUAUUAUUUGAAGCGCAAAGGGAACACUUAAAAUUCCAAAUGGAGCAGUUUAUUGUUAAGUUAAUGGAUAUAGUCAAUUCAGAUUCAAAUAAAAUAACGUAUGAACAGCGCGAACUUGCGCUGGAAGCUAUAGUUCGAUUGUGGAAAAUACCUGGUUUGCCAGCAGAGUUGUUUAUAAAUUAUGAUUGUGGUUUAUAUUCUAUAAACUUGUAUGAGGAAUUGAUGAAAAUGCUGUCAAAGGUACUGUAUAAUAAUGCAGCAGCAACGGUUGGCAAUUGGUUCAGUAUGCAAUUUAUUUCAUUGGAAGCUAUUUUUACGCUGAUUGCUGGCAUAGAAUCUAGAAUUCCAAAUCAUAAAGAUCAUGCAAAUUCAUUGAAACAUUCAAGACAUAGUGCCUCGCUAAAUCUUCCUAAGAAAGAAUACUUGCUAGAAAUGAAAACAAGAAAAAGGUGGUUAGCCAUCGGUUCAGAAAAGUUCAACGAGAAUCCAAGAGAAGGCAUAGCAAAAUUAAUGGAAAACGGACUUCUUGGAGGAAUUCCAGGGCACGCUGAUCCGAAUGAGAUAGCGAAACUACUCCGAGAAAAUCCUACCCUUGAUAAAAAAGCUAUUGGAGAGUACCUGAGCAAAAAGGAAAACACGAAUAUUUUGCACUCAUUUGUUCACAGUUUCAAUUUACAAAAUACUCGCAUGGAUCAAGCUGUUCGUCAGUACAUGGAGGCAUUUAGGUUGCCUGGGGAAGCACCUCUUAUUUCCCUGUUACUUGAAAAAUUUGCCGAUCACUGGCAUGAUAGUAAUAACCGUCCGUUCGCUUCCGCUGAUGCUGCUUUUACUUUAGCAUAUGCUAUAAUUAUGCUUAACGUAGAUCAGCAUAAUCACAAUGUCAAGAGACAAAAUAUUCCAAUGACUGCGGAAGAUUUUAAGAAAAACCUGAAGCGGGUCAACGGCGGAGAAGAUUUUGAUCAAGAUAUGCUUGAUGAAAUUUACAACGCAAUUAAAAAUGAAGAAAUAGUUAUGCCGGCAGAACAAACGGGUCUCGUUAAAGAAAACUACUUAUGGAAAUGUCUCCUGCGACGUGGCGUCAGCCCUGAAAGCCUAUACGUGAGGGUUGGCAACUCCAGUGAAUUUAUAGACAGAGAACUUGCUGAAAGAGCUUGGGCGCUUAUUAUCAGUACUUUGUGUCGAGCUUAUGACAAAGCUCCCGAUCGAUCUCUGCAACGUAAAGUAGCUGAAAAAUUCGAAAGUUGUGCAGCUAUCAGUGCACACUACGGAAUGACCAGCGAUCUGGAUACCCUCAUAGUGAGCCUAUGCAAGUUUACCGGGCUCGCAGCUGGCGGUCAACCGGACCAAGUAGUUUUGAAACUCGGUGGAAGUGGUACUUGUCAAUUAGCGACUCAGACCCUAUUUAAGAUAUGUCACAUGCAUGGCAACGCUCUGAGAGCUUCCUGGAAGAAUAUAGUCGAUUGCCUGCAGAUGCUGUUCCGUGCGAAACUAGUACCCAUCAACAUGAUUGAAGUUGAAGAUUUCUUAGAUCCUUCGGGCAAAGUCACUCUUAUUCAUGAACCCACAACACCUAAGCCACCACCUGUCGAACAAGGUCUUCUAUCGAGUUUGUAUUCUUACAUUGCCUCGGAUACGUCUCGUAUGCCUCAUCAUGUAGAAGCCGCCGCUAAGAAAAAGGCUAAAAAAUGUGUCGAUCGAAUCUAUCUGAAACAGAUUAUAGAGGAAAGCAAACUCCUACAGAUAGAUUCGCUGCGCUCGCUGGUAACAUCGCUGGUCUCGGCAAAUUCAAGCGACGAGAACUCAACGGUGUUCCUGCUGGAACUAUUGAUCGACGUAACGAUUGAAAAUCGCGAUCGCGUGAGCAGCAUCUGGCCAACGAUUCAGGCUUACUUAGACGGCAUACUGACAACGGCCGCUCGCGAGAAUCAGCCUUGCCUCUUGGAGCGCGUGACCGUCGGCAUGCUCAGGCUGGCCAUUCGUCUGCUGAAGAACGAAGAAUUUACCUCCACUGUGUUGCCUCCUCUGUUACCUCUCACGCACUUACCAUCGGCUGGAGCGCCGCCGCUCUGUAGACAAAUCGCCUACGGAUUGCACGAACUCUUAAAGAUCGGUGCGGCGAAUAUUCACACUACCGAGGAUUGGAAGGUGGUGUUCAAUCUCCUGGAGUGUUCGGGCGCUGGGGCGCUUCAACCGAAGCAGGUUGUAGGCAAUGCUGUGUUGGAUGAGGCCUUGGCUAAUAGAUCGCCUAUCCUUGAUACAAGGCCAGGAAGUCCAGUACCAGAAUGGGUCUUAGUAUCGCCGACAGGCACAGAAGCUCCGUUACCCGUCGCCGCAGACACGAUUGUUCUGGACCGUGAAUUGUUACCGCACGAUCCAGCCGCUAUGGUCAAAUGCUGCGAAAGUUUGAUCUUCCUUGUAAGAGAUGUCGCUCACGUGACGCCUUUCAACUUCGAAUUGUGCGUAAGAUGCGUGCGAACUUUUGCCGAGGCGGUGCUCUGUCCAUCUGGCAAACGUCCUAGGGUUCACACGACUGCCAAUGUCGAAGAACCUGCUACUUAUCAACAGGCACCUAUUCAACUGCUCGAUCUUAUGUACACAUUGCAUACUAAAACUGCGCAGGUGUUCAAAUGGUGGGCCGAGGAGGGUAACGGCGAUGCGGCAAGUUCAGAAAGCAAAAAUGCCAUUGCGACGGGUUCUCUGUGGCCUAAAGCUUGGCGACCAUUGCUUCAAGGCAUCGCUCGACUGUGUUGUGACUCGAGAAGAUCUGUACGCGCGGCUGCUAUCACGUCCUUACAGAGCACAUUGCUCGCUCACGAUCUCAGUCAAUUAUCAGCUGUCGAAUGGUCGCAAUGCCUCGAGCAAGUUCUUUUCCCAUUGCUAGCGCAAUUGCUGAGUCCGAUUGCCGUCAACGAUCCACUGGCUGUCGAGGAAACGAGAGUUCGAGCUGCGAUGCUGUUGUCUAAGGUCUUUCUGCAUCAUCUGACUCCACUACUGACAUUGCCCGGUUUCUUGCCUCUCUGGCUAACAGUUUUAGAUCUACUGCGUGCUUACAUGCAUGCCGAUAACAGUGAGAACCUUUACGAAGCGAUUCCUGAAUCGCUGAAGAAUAUGCUCCUGGUAAUGGCAUCGGCGAAUGUCUUGCAACCUGAGUCAUAUCUGUGGACACCAACGUGGCGAACAAUCGAUGCCUUUUUGCCAAACCUCAAAGGCGAGUUAUUCCCGGAACCACCUUUACCAUACACAUCUUCUCAACCACCGUCGCCACCGCAAUCCCAGUCACCCAUCAAUCAACCACAGUCGAUAUCCUCUUCGAUUCAGCAAGUUCCAUCUACGGUAAUCAACCUGGUAGAUCAGCCAGAAAUAUCCUAUCCUAAGCCCAUCCUUUCCCAUCCGGAAGACAGCUGCAGCAGCCCCACGUCACAAUCGCCACCAUCGGACACGAGCUUGCUCUCGACUUCGCCGGUGGAACCGCUCAAAGCGAACGUGCCGUUCGUGCUCGACAACAGGGAGCCACAGCAAAUCAUUACACUUGUUAGCCAACCUCUACCGAGCGUCGCGAGUCCCGUCACCGUCCAACCACCCACAGCGCAAAUUUACAUACCUCGGCAGCCACAGCAAUCAGUCUAUCCGAUCGAAGUUAACGCGCCGGAGCAGAGGCAGAAUAUGGUUUAUCAGGCCGAUUUCCAGCAGCAGUCCGUUAAUAUAAAGGGAACCUGCUCACCCACCAAACAUCAGUAUGCUCACCUGUCACAAAUGCAAGAUUUCAAAAGUGGCUUGUACGCCGACUCGGUCAGAGUCGCUGCCGAUUGCGCAAAUCGAGUUGAAAUUCCCACAACGGAAGUUACAACUAUAUUCAACUCGGCGGCAUACUUCAGCGAGGAUUCAGCGGCAGAUCGACUGUUCGUUGUAACCAAUCCUUGACUAUGUACUGUACAUUCUUCGUGUAUAUUGUAUCAUAUGAAUUCCACGAUAUCGCAUAGGCAUAUUGAAACGAAUGUAAUUAAAUUACAAGUGUGAUAAAUGAAAUUUAUAUCUUAAAGACAACAACGUCGUACGUUAGACUCAUUGUGGAAAUGCAUUUUAUAAUCGCUUAUAUAACAUGCAUAUUCAUGCAAUACCAUUAAUAAUAAUGUUUAUAACUAUACAUCGUUUAAUUCCAAAUUUUAGCAGUAUAAAAAUACAUUUUUAUGAGAAGAAAAAAAUUAGAUUACAGUCAUUGAAUUGAACGUCAAAGUAUAAGCUUUUGUCUGUAAACGCUUGAUUGUUUUUCACUUUACAAAAAAUAGUUUUUAUUUUUUAAACGAUAAAUGCAAUAAAAGUAUCGAUGAGAAAGCAUAGUGAAUAGUCAUGAUAUCAUAGAAAAAUAUUGAAUUAAAACUAGAGUGGUAUAAACUGAGAGGUAUUGGUUGCACUAAAAAUCCUAUAUUUAAAAUACCUGAAAAAAAAUACACUGUUUGCAAAUCAUUAUUUGAUUAGACUACACUUUUGUGUAUUCUAAUAAGAAAACUUUCAAGAUUUCGUACAAAAAAGUCAUUGAUCUGGCAAAAAAUAUAUAGUAUGAAUUGUUUUAAAUUUUAAAUAUUUUGUGUAUACAUCAAAUUAUACUUGAUACUAAGAAUUAAUGGCAAAAUUUGGCAAUUAAUCAAUUAGAUUAAUACACUUGUAUUGAAAUUUAACUUCUUUAUAAGUGAUAAUUAGCUUGAACCUAAUUCUGUUAUAUCUAAACGUUCUAUCCUCGGUUACCACAGUAACGGCCGAGUUUUAUACACUUACCACAAUACUGCUGUAGAUGCCGUUUAUGUCCGUCUUUCUUACUGCGUUUCUCUUUAGAUCACUGAAAACACAUUAGAAACAAAUAUUUUUUUUAACUUCAAUGUUAUUUAUUAAUUUGUUGAAUUUUCAUACUAUUCCAUUGUUGUGGACUUUAUUCGAACGAAUCAAAUUAUGUUCACUGUUGUACGUUUGUCUGAACAUAUAAGAUGUGUAAACGUUGAUAUAUAGCCGCCAUAUUGCAAUAGAAUAAUCGCUGAUAAUUUAUUUUAGUAUUGAAAAAGGGUGUUUGAUCAUAUUUGAAUCGUUAAUAAAAUUUUACAUAA